AUGCAUUUGGAGAAUAUCAUGGAUCAGGAUGUACAAACAUUAUCAGGCGGUGAACUUCAAAGAGUUGCUAUCUGUUUGGUACUGGGUGUACCGGCGGAUGUUUUGCUCAUUGAUGAACCUUCGGCUUAUCUCGAUUCUGAACAACGUAUUCAUGCCGCAAAGGUGAUCAAGAAAUUCGUCAUGAGUUCCAAGCAAACUGCUUUUAUUGUCGAACACGACUUUAUCAUGGCUACUUAUCUGGCUGAUAGAGUCAUAGUGUUUGAUGGUAAACCCGCCGUAGAGUCAUAUGCUCGAACACCCGAGGGCUUGUUGACUGGAAUGAACAAAUUCCUCAAAUCUUUAGAUAUUACUUUCCGUCGGGAUCCUACAAACUAUCGACCACGGAUUAACAAGAUGGAUUCUCUCAAGGAUGCAGAGCAGAAACAAUCUGGAUCUUACUUCUUUGUCGAUACGGAUUGA